UCUCUAAUCUAAACCUUUCACUCUCCUCAAGCAAACUUCAGUCCAAGAAAAAUCAAAAAGCCCCCUCGGAGGAAAUUGAAAGAAAAGACAUCCAGAAAAACCAAAUCAAAUAGAUCCGGUACAUAUAAAAGGAUAAUUUAAUCUUACAAAAUAGCAGUAGAGAAAGAUGGAGUGCGUAUUUGGACUAGUUGGGAAGGGUUUUGCUCUGGUGGUCUCGGAUACAUCGGCAGUUCACAGCAUCUUAGUUCACAAAUCUGAUGAAGAUAAAAUCAUGAAGCUUGAUGAUUAUAAGCUCAUGGGAGCUAGCGGUGAAGCCGGUGACAGGGUCCAGUUUACUGAAUACAUACAGAAGAAUGUGGCAUUGUACCAGUACCGUAAUGGCAUUCCUUUAACCACGGCAGCUGCUGCUAAUUUCACAAGGGGAGAGCUUGCUACUGCCUUGCGCAAGAACCCUUACACUGUCAAUAUCCUUCUGGCUGGUUAUGACAAGGAGACUGGUCCAUCCUUGUACUACAUUGACUAUAUUGCUAGUCUUCACAAGGUUGACAAGGCAGCAUUUGGUUAUGGGUCCUAUUUUUCACUUGCCAUGAUGGAUAGGCACUACCACAGGGAUAUGACAUUGGAGGAAGCCGUUGAAUUGGUUGACAAGUGCAUAAUAGAGAUUCGGUCAAGACUGGUUGUGGCCCCACCAAACUUCGUAAUUAAGAUUGUCGACGAGGGAGGAGCAAGGGAGUUACAUAGGCGUUACUCUAUCGGGGAUGCCCCUCUAGCUGCUGAAUGAGCUUUUCUUUAGAGGCAUUAUUAUGACUCGCUUUACUUCAACUUCAAAAUCUUAUGUGUUCUGUUGAAGACUAACAGAUGAUUGUCAAGAUUAUGAAAUUCUGGGAUUCUUUUUCUUCAAUUAGUGAUACUUCAGAGUUAUGUAUGUCUAUUUGGUAAUUCUACAUUUCAAAGUUGGAACCUCCGUAAGAUAUGUUUGGAAGAUGAAUUUUUUCAUCAAAUGGCCUUAAUCUU